UCUGUUUCGUCUGUUACUCUAAAAACAAUGGCUGGAAUUGUUGUGGUUUUCGAUUUCGACAAGACGAUCAUUGAUUUGGAUAGUGAUAAUUGGGUGAUUGAUGAAUUAGGCGCUACUGAUUUAUUCAAUCGACUUCUUCCUACAAUGCCAUGGAACUCUCUUAUGGAUAGAAUGAUGAAGGAACUUCAUGAUCAAGGCAAAACUAUUGACGAAAUUGAACAAGUACUUAAACGCGUACCUGUAAUUCCCCGCGUUGUUGCCGCCAUUAAAGCUGCUCAUACUUUAGGAUGUGAUUUGAGGAUAGUAAGCGAUGCUAAUGUCUUCUACAUCGAGACAAUUUUGAAACAUCUAGCAAUAUAUGAUUGCUUCACUGAGAUCCACACAAAUCCGGGCUACGUUGACGAUCAAGGAAAACUUAGAAUCCUUCCUCAUCACGAUUUUCAUCAUGGCUGCACCUUCAAUACUUGCCCUCCCAACAUGUGCAAGGGGUUGGUAAUAGAAAGAAUACAAGCUUCAUUGGCUAAGGAAGACCGGAAGCAAAGAAUAAUCUAUCUCGGUGACGGAGCAGGAGAUUUUUGCCCAAGCUUGAAGCUGAAAGAGCACGAUUUCGUUAUGCCAAGGAAAGAUUUUCCAGUAUGGAAAUUAAUAAACGAUAACCACGAUCUCAUAAGAGCAGAAAUUCAUGGGUGGAGUGAUGGAGAAGAGCAGGAACACAUUCUACUUCAGAUAAUUAAAGCAAUCACCAUCGAAGAGAACCAAAUUUUAUCAGCUGAUUGCUGCAAGUUUCAGACGAUUACAGUUCAUGAAGCCUUGCCAAAUGCUCUCCCUCUACCAUAGUAAUUAAGCUUUGUUUUUUAUGUCAAAAAAAGUGUAUUGAUGAUCAACAUUUAAAAAGUAUUCAGAUCAAUUAUGACAACAAGAUCGUUAGAGUUUUGUUUUCUAAUAUGUU